UUUCCAGUAAGCUGCAAACAGUCUUCAGAUUCGAACCGAAAUAUCAGCCAUAAUUUGUGUGAAAAUGAGCACUGUUGUGGAUGUGGUGAGCCAACUUCUCUUUCCAGAAUCCAUUGAGAGGCUGGUGAUUCCUUCUAGGUCAAAUGAGAGCAGUGAAAACAGGGGUAGCAUUCCCGUGGAUAUUCUGGAUACCCCAAAAGAGUACAUUUUCUAUAUGGAUGUUCCUGGUUUAUCCAAAUCUGACAUUCAGGUGACUGUGGAAGAUGAGAGCACGCUGGUGAUACGAAGCAACGGUAAGAGGAAGCGUGAGGAGAGUGAAGAAGAGGGAUGCAAGUACGUCAGGUUGGAGAGGAAGCCACCCCUCAAAUUGAUGAGGAAGUACAAGCUCCCCGAUACCUGCAAUGUUUCUGCUAUUACUGCGAAAUGCGAGAAUGGGGUGUUAACUGUUGUAGUUGAAAAGCUUCCUCCACCAUCUAAGGCUAAGACUGUUAAAGUUGCAAUUUCAUGAAUUAAGUAGUUAUCAUAAAUCUACGUCUCU